AUGCCCGUGGAGCCCCACAAGCGCCUCAAGGACGAGGAGAUCCGCGUCGAGCUGUGCGAUCCGGAGGACGUUGAGAAGAUCGCGGAGGGUCUGUACGUCUGCUUCCCAGAGGUAUGGUGGGCCAAGAUGGAGCCUCCCGAGCUGCGGCCCCCCGAGGAAAUCACGCGGCACAAGCGGCUCGCCAAACGGCUGGCCCCCUCGUUCAAGCUGCCCGGCAUGAACUGGGUAAAGGCAGUGCUCGCGUCCACGGGCGAAAUCAUCGGCAUCGCGGGCUGGGCGGGGCCUGGCGUGCCGCUGCAGAACAUCUUCCGACGCAGCGCAGUCGAGUUCUACGGCUGGAAGGAGAUGAUGGGCUGGAGCGACGAGGAGGUGGAGGACAUGUGGAAGGGGACGAGCAUUGAGGCCUGGGAUGGGCAAUUGGGCAGGGACGACGGCCUCCGGAGGGAGUGCCUGGGUGACGAGCCGCAUUGGUAUCUGGCGCCGCUGUACACGUACCCGGAGUAUCAGGGGAGGGGCGUGGGGAAGAAGCUGUUGGAUUGGGCUACCAAGCAGGCUGAUGCUACGGAGCCGCCGACGCCGCUGUAUCUCGAGAGCGCACCGACGGCGAGAGCGGUGUAUAUGCACGUGGGGUUUGUGCCGCAGGGGACUAGCACCUUUUUGAGGAGGGGACCGGCAAUCGUGAGAGGAUUGGAGGCUGAGGAAGGGGAGGGGAAGGAGGAGGAGUCUAAGAUGGAGAAGGUGAACGUCGAUGUCGUGGCUAAGGAGACUGAGGAGGAUCUUGCUCAUGGAUGA